CCUCUUUUUUUUUAGCCGACUGACAUUUGAAAACAGUUGUUCGAUGUAAUUUCUACUCAAAAACUUGAAUUUUAAUUUUUUUUAAAAGUGUACGUUAAUUGUUUUGAAAGUACGAUAAUUUUUUGGCACUUUGUCGAUGAGACGGGCAAAUAUUUCUGGUAACACUGCAUAUCACAGUGAUAAAUGAUAACGUCGUUGUCAGUUUCUAUAGUGCAACGCCUUGGAGUUACACAUACCCACAUACUUGAUUAGUUGUGACAAGGUUCAACUGUUCAAGACUAGUAAUAUUAAUGUUGUGAGAGCGCGCGUUUGUACUUUACGAAAAAUUUAAUAUAACUGGAUAAUAAUUAUUUUGUAUCAUUGAAACCUCUUAAACCAAAACAAUGGCAGAGAAACAAAUAAAGAAUCGUGUUUGUAUUGUUGGUUCGGGCAACUGGGGUUCUGCAAUCGCUAAGAUUGUGGGACGUAAUGCAGCUCGUCUUCCGAACUUUGAAGACAGGGUUACUAUGUGGGUGUACGAGGAAAUGAUUGAUGGGAAAAAAUUAACAGAAAUUAUAAAUGAAACACAUGAAAAUGUGAAGUAUUUACCAGGACACAAGCUACCACCUAAUGUUGUUGCCGUACCAGACCUGGUAGAAGCAGCUAAGGACGCAGACUUAUUAAUAUUUGUUGUUCCCCACCAAUUUGUGCGCACCUUAUGUUCGACGUUAUUAGGUAAAAUUAAGCCUACAGCGGCCGCAUUAUCACUAAUUAAGGGCUUCGAUAUUGCAGAGGGCGGUGGCAUUGAUUUGAUCUCGCAUAUCAUUACGAGAUGCCUGAAAAUUCCUUGCGCCGUUUUAAUGGGUGCCAACAUCGCCUCAGAGGUAGCGGAAGAGAAAUUCUGUGAAACGACAAUAGGAUGUCGUGACGUGAUGCUAGCCCCGAUGAUGAGGGACAUUAUCCAGACUGAGUACUUCCGUGUAGUCGUUGUUGAUGAUGAAGACGCCGUCGAAAUCUGCGGGGCAUUGAAGAACAUCGUCGCGGUGGGCGCUGGUUUUGUUGAUGGUCUCGGUUUCGGUGACAACACCAAGGCCGCGGUCAUCAGGCUCGGUCUGAUGGAGAUGAUCAAGUUUGUGGACGUCUUCUACCCGGGAAGUAAACUAAGCACUUUCUUCGAGUCGUGCGGUGUCGCUGACCUGAUCACCACGUGCUACGGUGGUAGAAACAGGAGAGUGGCUGAGGCGUUCGUGAAAACCGGUAGAUCGAUCAAGGAACUAGAAGAUGAAAUGCUUAACGGUCAGAAGCUCCAGGGCCCCAUCACUGCCGAAGAGGUCAACCACAUGCUUGCGAACAAAAAUAUGGAAAACAAAUUUCCUCUCUUUACCGCCGUUUUCCGUAUCUGCAGAGGAGACCUGAAACCUAGCGAUUUCAUCGACUGCAUCCGCAGUCACCCGGAACAUAUGGUAAGAGUCGCCUAGAGAAUAAAGGUGAUCUCAUGCUGCAAUAUACCUGUCUACAUCUUUAUUACACCCUAUUAUUUAUUUAAUUGCAUAGUUACUAAUUUGUAGGGGAUAUAUUUAUAAAUCUAUAUCAACUAUAUGUAUGUAUAAUUUGAAUUAAUAAUAAUUUUUGUGUGUCUAUAUCUUGUAUUUAUGUAUAUAUAUAUGCACCCAUUUAUUUAAUUUUAUUCUAUCCAUAAAUGUAAACUUUCGCAAUAUUUCAUUUCCAUAUUUGUUUCUUUCAUUAUCUAUGUACACUGUAAACAUAAUUUUUAAUAUAAGCACUUGUUUUCCUUUUGUUGCGUUAGUUAAGAAAUUGAGAAUAAAUGAUUGAUACCAAAUAAAUAGCUUAAAAUGGUUAAAUAUAGUAAAAUAAAGACAUUUUUAGUAAAAGUUAAGUUCUUCUAAUUAAUCAAAUUGUUUUUAUUUGUAAGAAAUAUAGUACAAAUAUGAAACAGUUCCGGAAUAUCCACAAUAUGGUCAUUAGUACCUGACAUCCAGACAAUUUUUACCUAGUGGCUCAAAUUCUUAGAUCGAUUUAAUUUUUAGUGUCUUAAAAAAUAAAGUGUUUUAUUAAUAUAUUAAAAGAAUUAUUCUUUUUA